AUGGCGGCCUCUAGCAAUGAGUCGUUUAUCCUGGCACUGAUCCGGCAUCCAUUUGUAGAAACCUUUACCUGGUUCUACAUGGCUCUGCAGGCAGUCCUGGUCUACGUCUUUUCUCCCGUUCCCCCACCCCCAACCGCUCAAAACGCCAACAUCCCUCGCAAGAGGGUCGCAGUCAUUGGUGCUGGAUUGACUGGAGUGUCCUCUGCUGCCCAUUGUGUGGGUCAUGGCUUCGAUGUGCAACUAUUUGAAUCACGACCUAAGGAACAAGGUCUCGGAGGCAUCUGGAGUAGAGUCAACUCAACCUCUGCAUUGCAGGUCCACAGUCUCAUGUACAGGUUCCACCCCUCUGUCCACUUUGACAGCGCAUAUCCUUCCCAGCAGCAGAUCAAGGAACAGAUUAUCAAGGUCUGGAAACACUAUGACUUGGAAGGACGUACCGCGUUUGAGACCCAUGUCACUUCCGUGAAAAAGAACAAGAACGGCAAAUGGGUCAUCAACGACGACGAAAGCCAGUACGGCGUCUUCGACGGUAUCUUGGCUACAGUAGGCGUGUGUGGAGACCCUAAGAUGCCUCCACUGCCCAACCAAGAAAAGUUCAAGGGGGAAAUCUACCAUUCCUCUAAUCUGGAUGGCAAGAGUGCCAAAGGAAAGAAGGUGUUGAUUGUUGGAGGCGGCGCCAGCGCCAUCGAGGCACUAGAAUUUGCUGUCAAGAACGGUGCCGCCGAGAUCGACGUCUUGUCUCGGUCAGACAAAUGGAUCAUCCCUCGAAACGUGCUCGUGCAAUCCCUGCUGGCUUGCAACAUCUUUGGUCAGGAGAUUUCUCUCUCAUGGAUUCCCGAAUGGUUGCUGCGCAAGUUCUUCUACCGGGACCUCCAAGACAUUGCGCCGACUGAAAAGGGAAUCUUCACACAGACUCCCAUGGCCAAUUCUGAAUUAUUCGACCAGAUUCGGGAAGGAAAGGCGCAUUGGCUGCGAGGCGAUAUUGUUUCAGUGGAAGAGAGGGGUGUGACAUUCAACUUCCGAUCCAAGGGUGUGCCCAAGGGAGGCCCUGGCCAGGAGCGCCUGGUUGAGGGUGACAUCAUUGUCAUGGCGACUGGCUUCAAACGACCUUCAUUGGCCUUCUUGCCGGAGGAGGUUUUCGAAGAACCGUACGGCCCGCCCAGCUGGUAUCUCCAAGUCUUCCCACCCAAAUACCCGGACAUUUGCGCAAACAAUAGCACCUACGUUGACGCCAUUGGAACAGUGGGCAACAUGCAUAUCGGAAUCUACACACGAUUUUUGCUCAUGUUCCUGACUGACCCAUUGACCCGUCCCACUGAGGCUUGGAUGAAGACCUGGAUCGAUUUCACACGGUUCAUGAAGCGUCUGGCACCCACGGGAGCGUUUGAGUUUUUCACCUAUGCUGAACUGAUUUACUGGUACUUAUUUGUUCUGGUCAUCAACCCAUUCCGUUGGAAGUGGGCGUUAUUCGUGUUCUUCGGUAUCGGCCGUGGAUUGCCCUUGAUGGUCGUGGAGCAGGAAAACGCCUUCCGCAGGGAGUUGGAAAAGCAGCGCCCAAAGAAUAAGACUCAUUGA